AUGCAACGCCUUUCCAGAGGCACUGUACCCGGAGGUUCUUCGGCUUCAUUACAGCUCCUGCAGCGCCCACUCCACCGGGUGCAAACCAAGAUCCCAGACAGAGUCUUUUAUUGGAUCGAUCGUUCGGUGUUCGAUCAGGCUUCGUUGAAGAUCGAAGACGUUCUAUUAUGUCACGGCGUGCCAGAGCAAAUUGUCAUGAAUGAUCUGCGAGGCCAAAUUGCCGAGCAAGAUGCUUUGAAGUCCUUGCCGUCUGCCUUCCUGUUGGUUCUGUUGUAUACCUGCACUCUAUUGAGCACAAGCUCCAUUUCAGAUGUUUGGGCGCUUCAGCAUGCGGUGAGCUUCGACAUAGUCGAGAAUGCCAACUUCGGGUUCAGCGGGAACCACGGCCACCAGAGCUUGCAGGAUGUGAACACUUUUACGGACUUCUCCUCCUGGCUGGAACUUGGCUUCCAGCCCUUGUUCUUGUCGAAAACCAAAGAACCCAGAGAAAAUAGCACCGCGAUGCCUGAGACCAUGAAGCCGGAGGAGUUUGAUAUGUAUUUGCUCCACAUGCGCAAGGUCGGGCCUGUCAAAUUGGCGCAGAUGGUUCUAGCGCCCGGACCCUGCCGAGCACGAGGCCUGGCAGAAUCCUACGGACUGAGCUGUGGUGUGCAAAACAACGAGUACUUCAUGGAGGCAACAGCAGACGAGCUUUUGCAGAACAGCUUCGUGGAAGAAUCCAGUCGAACAGUUUGGCUGGCAAAUUUGGGACCUGAUGGACAUUUCUUAGCCAGGUGGCCAGCCGGUUUCUCUGCAAGCAGGUGGCUCUCUCGCGACACUCUUCGUGCGCGUCUCAGCUUUGUAGUUUACAGCCCGGAGCUGGACAUGCUUUUGCUCACCAACCUCGAGUUCAUGUUUCCGCGGACUGGCCACAUUUGGAAGGACAUCACGCAUCGAGCAUUGCCACUGUCUCUGUUUGAGACGUGGUCGAGCUUGACCUUCGAGGUGAUGUUCUAUGCUCUGAUCACUGUUCUCCUUCUUACAGAGCUUUGGGAGAUCUUCUGUCUGGUUCGAAGAAUGAGAAAGAAUAGACUAGAUUGGCGAGGCUUCCUCGGCCUCUAUCUGAACGUCUGGAACUGUGUCGACUGGUGCUGCAUUGUUUUGGCAUACUUGCUUCUUGGCUCUCAGUUGAAGAAGGCAUCAAUGACGAUCGAGCUCCGAGAAGGCUUAGAGGACUAUCCGCAGACUGUGAGGAGCUGCUACCAGGAUUCUCAGCCUGAGCUCUGCGCCGACAGACUUGGAGAGGAGCUGCUCAAGCAGAUUGAAGCCGUUGGCAUUCUCGCACAUAACUGCAGGCUUCUCAAGGGCAUCUAUCCUGCUAUCGUCAUACUGCGAAUGCUAAAGGCCUUCAGUGCGCAGCCACGUCUUGCGAUUUUGACACGCACAUUGUCGGCUGCUGCUGUGGAUUUGUUCCACUUCGGAUUGGUGUUCCUGUCCGUCUUUGCAGCAUUCGCUGUGAUGGGGACAGCUUUCUUUGGACAGGAUGAGCUGCAGUUUUCUACAUUGGAUCGAGCAGCCAGUGUCUUGUUCUUCGCCCUGAUGGGAGAAGUGCGCUGGACAUCCAUAGACAGUCUCGGACGCCCAGUUGCCCUCCUUUUCUUCGGAGCUUUUCAAUUCGUCGGACUCCUACUGAUGCUCAACAUGCUCAUCGCCAUUAUGAUGGACAUCUAUGCCUGCACGAAAAGUUGCGCCACCAGGAGCGAACCCUUAUGGACCUCGGUUAUGGAAGUAACUUCUCGGAAUUGGGAAGAAUUCAUGCGUCGCGAAGUUCCAUUACCAAAGCUGCUAAAAAUGUGUGAAAAACAGAGAGGUCUGGACAUGUAUGAGAGCGAGGAAAUCAUCCAAGUGCAGGACCUGAUGCAGUGGCUUCCAGGCCUGAAGUCAGAACAAGCAGACAGGAUCUUCAUCCAUGCUUUGUUGAACUACAGAAGGCAGAAGGACGAGCCAGUUGGCAUGGAAGAAGUUCUGCAAGCUGUUGCCGACACUCUGGCCGAUGUGGUUGCGCUUUCUGAGCUUCUGCCGCGCGCCGACCAAGUCGAAAAUGGAAGAGAAGGCAUGGGAGGCCCCUGUGAAAGUUGCCGGCCAUGCGCAAAGAGUCCGAGCGCCGGGCUCGACGGCAGCAAGACCGCGGGAGAUGACGGCCACGAGGGCUUCGUGGAGACGCACACUCCCAGCGUCCUGGUCCAUGCCGAACGUCACGUUGACAGCCCGCGCCCGCUGCCAACGCUGCUUCAGGGCUCAGCUUCAUCCAACGUGCCGGUCGGGUCGCGGAGCUCAAAGAUGGAAGGCACAUCGAAGCUGCACGCAGAUUCGUAUCCGACACCUCGCGUUUUGUACAGUGAGGGGAGGCAUCUUCAGUUGGACGGCUCGAGCUGCUUGAUGGUGACUGGAGCAACUGGACAUGCCCCAGAACCGGAGGCGGUACAGUCGCACAAAGAGGAUCGGUGGAAGCUCUUCUAUGAAGCGUUCGGGGACUUCUCGAAGCAAUCGAAGAAGGGACUGACCAGGUUCCUGAAGGCGCUGCAUGCCGUGAUCGAGACGGGAGAGGCGCUGCCUGUAUGGCGGCACAAAAAAGAUCGUGGCUUGAAGGCCUUGACAGAGCCUAUUUCUUUGAAGCUGCGCAACUUGGCGAGUGGCAUCGCGUGCCCGGUGCUGGACAUACACUUGCCGAAGCAAGUGCCAGCACUGUCCGUUUCUGUGGAACCCCUGGUUCAGCUCACGGACCUUGCAAAUUUUCUCGCGAAGGUCACACCAUGCAUUGACGAGGCAUACCUGAAAUUUUGUCAUCGGCUUAUUGGACAUAGAAUCUGGGAUCAUCACACAGACAAAGCCUAUGAGGUGGUCGGUUUUGAGAUUUUCAGCCUCGGGUUGCCGAUCCCAGUGCACACAGUGCGGGCCGAAGAUGAGGAUGCGAACCAGUGUUGGCUUCUGGCGAACCGCAGCUACGCGGUGCUGUCGCUCUCCGAAGAUGUUUCAGACCUGGCCCUGAAGGUGGCGUUAAACCAGCUUCAGGCCUUGACUCGAGCGGAAGAGUACGUGGCCACUCUGGACAGGCUGGAGCACGUUCUGGCGGGGACGGAGGCCACGAUCUCGGAAGUCAAGCCUGAGGAUAUCGCAGGCCUCGAUUCCAGGUCAGAAGAAGCCAGAGCAAAAGUCGUGACGCUGGCGUCUGACAAUGCCUUCCAGGUCCUGGAACUUAUCCGUGCUGAGAAGAAACGCUGUGCCUUUGCUGCAGAUACCACGGAUGGCGACGCCACAGCGGAACAGGCCGUUGAUCCUUCGAUGCGGGUGCACACGGUCAUGAUUGCGGUCUCCGACGAAAUCCCUUUCGAGCUAUUCUGGCCAAUGGUCAAGGAUGACAUUGUUGGCGCGGUGCGGGAGCUUUGUCCACGUGGUAUGCCGGGAAUGGAGGAGGCAGUUCAGGCGGGUGUUGCCAACAAUGGCAUGGGGCCGAUCGCGCAGAAGCUUACACAGCAGGAGGCAGAAACCCUGGCAACGCGUGUUGGACAUGUGGUUCAGACAGCCGUCAUAGUUGAUCAAGAAGCAUUCCAGGAGGCGCAAAAAGAGAAGGCCAAAAGCCAGCAGAAUGAGCCGCUGUCUGGACUUACGAGUCGCAUCCAAUUCACUCCGAAGGGAGACAAGACUUGGAUCCCAGGCACUGUUGUCGGGCAGCUCGGGGAACGCUUCAGCUUGGUUGACGACAAAGGGGUGUUGUAUGACAAGCUGCCACGGGCGCGCAUUCGCCUUCCGCCCGGCAAGAGGGACAGUACGGGAAGCGCCAGUGGUGCUCCGAUCCAGGCGGUGCUUUCUCAGGCAGACCUCGUACGAAUCCGGGAGCACCUCCGUCGACGACAAGAAGAAUGGGCCGAGCGUCAUGCGCAGAACGUCUCUGCAAACGCUGGAGCGAAUGGUACAGGCGGAAGAACUGGCAAUGCAGGCGAAGAGGCUGGCGUUGCGGGCAGUGAACAAAGGACACCAACUUCUUCGCGCCCGACAUCUGCACCAGCAGUAGCAGCGUUGAUGCAUCGAUCGCGCGCUUCUUCCGCACCUUCGAUUGACGGAGCGGUAAGACGUGGUAUGAGCAUUCUGUCUCGAGAAGGUUCACUCAGCGAAGUAGACGGCAACAGCGGUGCUCUAGAUGUCGUUCAGUUCAUGGAAGACGAGGGCAUUGGUGACGACGAUUUUGACGAGGAGGGAGGGCCUGUCGACGAUGACGAGGAUGAAGAUCUUCCUCCACUGGAAGCUCACGAGGCCGACGGUGGCCUUGCAGCAGGACGUCUUGGAGCUAGCAGAGGAAGCGAUGGCGAAAACAGAGAAUUCGGGAUCGGCGAAGCUGGAUCUAUGGAAGAAGAGCUACGGAUGCUGGAGCAACUUCGCGCCAUGGAGCAGAUUAUCUCCGAGGUUCUGGACCCCUCAGACACGAGCCGCUUGAGGCGACCGGGUGGAGACUCAGCUGGUGAUGAUUUCUUCAGCGCCCCCAUGGCUAGCCUGCGCAUCCGAAUGGGCGGCAGUGAUCUUCGUGUGCCAGUUGAGACUUGUCAGAUCCGCAGGGGCGGCGGUGGCAAAGGUGGAAGCGAACCACUCCGUGGCGAGUUCCCGUCCUUCGUGCGAUCUGCGGAUUCUGCGAAUGCGACAUCCACUCUCGUGACACACCCAGAUGAUUGGUCUUCAAUGUCCUGUAUUUUCGGGUCGGCUGGACAAGACUCAGUGGUUUGUAGAGACCUACACAAGCAAACAGGCACACACAUACACAGAAACAGCGCAUAA